UUUUCUUCAUUUUCUCUCGAAACUUGGCUGGAAGCACAUCAAAAUUUAACAUUCUGGGAAGCCUUUUCAAGCGAAUAGUAAAAAAUCGGAAGCCUUUUUUUUUCUAAACCGGCUGCUCAAGAAAUCUCAAUUGGACCUGCGAAAUUCACCAAUAGAAAUUCUUCGCGAAAAUGAUCGUAUGGCGUAGCUUGCUCAAACCGGUUGCUACGAAGCCGUUCGGGGGACUCUUGCACCGGAACUACGCCCAAGCGGUGCUCGACAAAUGUGCCAGCCCACCUUCCAAGGGUUUGAUCCUCGGAAUCUACGCGGAUGAAGAGGAUGCCUUCGAUACCGGAACGCUGACACCGGCUGGAGCGCGGUAUAAUGAGGCUCAAACCAACGGCCGAUUGCUGGAGUUGGUCCGGCUGGCCGGUCCCAUCCCGAAGCGAGGUGAAGUGCGCGUGUUCUACGACCUGGAGCCCACCUUCAAGGCGGUUGCUGUGUGCGGACUCGGAAGCGACUGCCUGGGAUACAACUCGGCGGAAAAGUUGGACGAAUCGAAAGAAGCCAUCCGGAAUGCCGUGGCCAAGGGAUGUCGCGAACUGCAGAAGCUGGAAACGAAUUUCAUAUACGUGGAAGACAUGGGCCACGCCGAGUCGGCUGCAGAAGGAGCACACAUGAGCGUGUGGAUUAAUCAGGAGCUGAAGAGACCAAAUAAGCGGAAGUUUGUCCCACAUUGCCAGCUGCACGUGGAUCGAGCCCUACCGUGCGAUGCCGACGGAUGGCGCAUCGGAAUUGUUAAGGCGGAGGCGCAGAAUUUGGCCCGGCAGCUGCAGGAAAUGCCUUCCAACCUGAUGACACCAACCACAUUCGCCCAGAACGUUGUGCAAAUCUUAGCCAAUUCCGGAGUCAACGUGGAGGUCAAGGUCAAGAGCUGGGCCGAAGCUCAAGGGAUGACUUCGUUCCUAGCCGUUUCCAAAGGAUCCUGCCAGCCACCGAUUUUCCUGGAACUCAGCUACUACGGAGCCGGCGGUAAGGAGAAACCGAUUGUACUGGUUGGCCAGGGCAACACCUUCGACAGCGGCGGUAUCUGUGCCAAGCCGUGCCAUGGACUUCAAAACAUGCGCGGAGAUAUGUCAGGGGCUGCGUGCGUAGUGGCCACGUGUCGUGCCAUCGCCUCGCUCAAGUUGCCGGUAAACAUCCGAGGAUUGAUUCCGCUCUGCGAGCACAUGAUUGGCUGCAACGCCAUCAAGCCUGGAGACGUUGUGCCGGUCAAGAAUGGAAAGAGUAUCGAAGUGGUGGACGCCGACCGGGAAGGUCCCAUGGUGCUGGUCGAUGCCUUGCUCUAUGCUGAAAUCUUUGGACCGAAGUACAUCGUGGAUGUGGCCACUUCGUCGGAGCACGUCGUUGAUUCCUUCGGAAGAGUAUGCAGCGCAGUCUACACCAACUCCGAACAGCUCUGGCAAAGGAUCAAGAACGCUGGCGUCCACACCGGUGAUCGUCUCUGGAGGUUGCCGCUGUGGGACUAUUUCACCCAGCAAGUGUGCUCUGCUGAGCACGUAGAUGUCCAGAACGUGGGACGCGGCGUCGGAGGAGAAUCGUGCUGUCAAGCUGCUUUUCUGCGAGAGUUUUUGCCCUGCGGACAGUGGAUGCACAUCGAUGCCCAUAACGUUAUGACCACCAAAGGGGUCGACUAUCCGUAUCUAAGAGCGGGAAUGGCCGGCCGACCCACUAGAACGCUGAUAGAAUUUAUUGCUCAGGGUGUUUGCAAGCAAACUGACAUGUGCGUGCAGAAAACGGCUGACAAAAAGUAAAAUGAAUUCUUUUGAUAAUAUUUAUUUUUGAUCUAUAUUGAAAUAAAAGCUAACAAACAUCAUA